GAGUGAUCAAUCUCCCUAAUUCAAUUCAAUUUAAUAAUCUUUGCAUGAAGCGGUCGAAAAAUCCACGUGCCUUCUCUCUUAUUAGUUAUUACCACUUUUCUUUCCCUCUUCUCUUGUCUUAUUUUCCUUCUCCACCGCCGUUUCCUUCACAUUCCCGGGAAAAUCAUUUGUAACUGCACGCGCUUCAUUAUUCCAGUGCACACACACACACACUACCACUAGUUACAUUAAGUUUCAAUUUCAUUUCAUUCCAUUUCAGUAGUCAUAGUAGCAUUGAGUGAAGAUCGUGAGUAUUACGCAUCUUCCAAAAACCCUGUGAGAGUGUGAUUCGUUGUCUCCUCUUUCCAAAUUGAUACUUCUCCACCGACUUCAACUGUAAUUAAAAACUCAUCAUCACUCUCACACUGCACCCUUCACCUUCUGGUGUGUUAUUUCUCUCGUAACACUUUUUGCUCAAUUUCACUGUUAGGGUUUCGAAUUUUUCUUUAUGUUUCUAGGUAUCGUGUAUGGUUUCAAUUCGUGAUUCCAUUGCUUCGGUUUCAAUUCUAGGUUUUCCGUCUUCGAUUUUUAUUAUUUUCUGUGUUCAUGGCGUUUGAUCAAAACUCUAGCCCCGAAGAUAUGCGACCACCACCACCACCACCACCGCUGAAUGUAGUUCGAUCGGAGGAGCCACAUGUUUCGGCUGCGGUUAGGGACAAUGGAGCCUCCGGUGUGGUUCCUAUUUUUUAUCCUGAUGGUGGUUUGGGUGGAGUGGGAUAUGGAAAUGUGGCUUCUGGUGCUGCUUCUACUACAUGGUGUAUUCGCCCCGGUUUUCCCUAUCCCACUUUGAGCCCUACUGUUGGGCUUAAUUUUCCCAAUCGUGUUACUGGUGGCAAUGCUGUCGAUCUUUCAGGUAGUUUUGUUACAGCUACUAAUGGAUAUCCUUUGAAUUUGGGUAAUUGGGUUGCUGGUAAUGCUUUGGAUAACAAUAAUCUUCAGUACAGUAGUGGUAGAAUAAUUAGCAACGGUGGUGGUGAUCGUACUGGUGGUGUUGUUGGGUUUGUUGGGACUGGUUCCAAUCACCCUGCUAACCAGAGGGUCGAUCAGGCGAGUGGAAAAGGUGGAGAUGAUUCAGUUUCGGGGCAGAAAUUGAAGUUCAUGUGCAGUUAUGGUGGGAAGAUUUUGCCUAGGCCGAGUGACGGAAUGUUGAGGUAUGUUGGCGGGCAGACUAGGAUAAUAAGUGUCAAGAGAGAUGUGAGUUUUAAUGAUUUAGUGCAAAAGAUGGUCAAUACUUUUGGGCAACCUGUGGUUAUCAAAUAUCAGCUUCCCGGAGAGGAUCUUGAUGCAUUGGUAUCAGUUUCCUGUGCUGAUGAUCUGGAUAAUAUGAUGGAGGAGUAUGAAAGGUUGAUUGAGAGGUCUUCAGAUGGUUCUCCUAAAUUAAGGGUCUUUCUUUUUUCUGCUUCGGAAUUUGAUCCUUCUGGUCUGCUACAGUUUGUAAAUUUACAUGAUGGUGGGCAGAAAUAUGUUGAAGCUGUGAACGGAAUUGCUGAGAGGGUUAAUGGCAAGCUAACAAGGAAAGGAAGUUUUACAAGUGCUGAUUCUACUCAAAAUUCUGAUUUGAGUGGGUUAGAGGCUCCUGAUAGCACAAAUGCUGCUCAUGCAGAUUUUAAUGGCCCGCCUAUCUCCAGCAUUUUAUCAUCCGAUACGAAUAUUGCCGCACCUAAUGAUGCUGCUACUACAAAUCUUAUGGUUUCUGAGCCUGUUGAAUCAGUAUGCUCAGAUGUUUCUGCAGUUUCAUUGGGUAUACCUGUGGCUGAUUCAGGUCCAACUCAUACUCCACCUUUCCAUAAUGAGGUUGAGGUAGAGAAGUCUGUGCCCACUACUUUAUCUCAGAAGCAGUUUGUGUUGCAGCAGUCUGGAAUGCAAAUUCCACCCGCUGCACCUUUGCAGGCAUUUGUUGAUCCUCGACAGGAAGUUCUGAACCAUGCAGAAUAUGUCCAGAUGCCUGCCCAUAUGGAAUUCCCAAAUCCUCAGUUUAUAGGUAGGCCCGGGACUAUCUACUCUCAACAUCAUUUUCAUGAUAACACUGCUCGUUAUGCAUCCCAACAGGCAAUCCAUGGAGUGCAGAUGACAAUGACUCAACCAUCUUCCCAUGCUGGUAUAAGACCAAGUAUUAUACAUCCACGAACAGUCAUGCAAGGGCAACAAAACGGUUUUGAGCAAUAUUAUGAUGAAAAUACUUCAGGGCUAAGGAUGCAGCACCAACUUAUUUCUGAGCAAAGUUACAAAGCAUAUCCAAUUCAAGUCCCUUUCGGAGGUAAUUAUGGUUGGGUUCAGGUUUCUCCUUCGGAUCAUGUUAUUUUUCAUGAUGGAUUGUUGCCUCAGCAACCGGUAGUCGUCCCUCAAAUAGUGGAGGAUUGUUAUAUGUGUCAGAAAAAACUGCCUCAUGCACAUUCAGAUCCAGUGGUUCAGCAUCAGCAUAAUAGCUGUGCAGGUUUAAUCCCUGAUUCAAUGCCAAGUUAUAAUAGUCUCCCGGUAGAGGACAGUUUAAGAGCUCAACCAACAAAUAGGGUUUUGGUGACUACACCAAUGAAGGAAGGCAAUGGUAAUUUUGAACAAGAAGUUGGGACUAGACUCAGGGUCAUGGUACCGUGUAGUGACACAAGUGGUCUUCCUCUGGAGGCUGAAACUGAGAGAAAUAGGUUUGAUCAUCCCAGAAAUGCAGUGGUUAUCCCAGACAUAGUUGGAAGAACAGAUGACAAACAGUCACCAAGUGAUGGGCUGACUGAAACAGCGCCAUUGUCUUAUCUAGAUGAUUUUGCUCCCCAGCACAUGGUGCCAGUUGAAAACUGGGCCAAAGAAGAUGUAGUUGUGAAUAAGCCUGUUAAUGAAAUACCUUUAGUUGGUGGCACAUCUGUGAAAACUUCCGAAUGUGUGGUUCAAGUAUCAUCAACAGAAUAUACUAAUGAGCUUGCUAAUACAAUUUCAAAAGCGGAUGCCGUGGAGAAUUGGGUUGCACAUGACCUGCUCAAACCUAUUGAUGGAAGAACGGACAAUCUCAAGAUAAGCAAUCCUGAAAUUUGUGUGAAUAAUGAAAAUAUUGAUUACAAUACUCAGCAUGCUAUAGAGAAGAAAUGGGUGGUUUCAGAUAACAACCUUUGCAGGUCAAAAUUGAUUGCUGAUGCAAAUCAAAUUAAGACGAUGGAUGCUCUUCCUAAUUCCAGUAUAGAAAUUUCAUACGGUAAUAAUUCUAGGCCUGUGGAGUACAAUGAGGUUGCACACCUGCCUAUUUGGGGCAUUCCUGGAGCAAAUCCUCAAUCAAAGAAUGUAAUCCAUCAGAAGGAUGAUGCAGUUUUAUCUUCAGUUUCGCAAUCUGCUGGGUUUGGACAUAUGCAGGAUUCUUCAAACUCACUUUUUAGCAAUCAGGAUCCCUGGAAUUUACACGGUACUUACUUUCCACCAGCUAGACCAGACAAAGUCACAUCAAAGAAAGAAACAUAUUCUUAUAUGGAUCAGUUUGGUGAGAAUUCAGGCAACAUUGGAGAACAAAAUCUUGAUGUUCAAUUGGAUGAUGGUCUCCGUCAGGCAUUCAAACAGAAUUUAACAUCAGAAGAAGCUCCAUAUUGCAAGGGAUCACCAGAAGACCAACAACUUCAAGCUGUUGCUGAAAGUUCAGCCGCAUCUGUUCUGCACUCAAGUACUUCAAAUCCUGACUUACAUGCCCGAGAUGUGUCCCAUCAUGAAGACAUUGAAGAUGGAGAUUUUAAAAAUAAUCAACUAGAUAUACAGUGUAAAGCAAAAACUCAGGAUGACAAAAGCAAGUUUUCAGAGAAGGCAAAUUUUGGCUUUCCAGCAUCAGAUGUUGGAGCGUUACAGAUUAUAAGGAAUAGUGACCUUGAAGAGCUUGUAGAAUUGGGGUCUGGGACCUUUGGGACAGUGUAUCAUGGAAAAUGGAGAGGUACUGAUGUUGCAAUAAAGCGGAUUAAUGAUAGGUGUUUUGCUGGAAAGCCUUCAGAGCAAGAGCGCUUGAGAGCUGAUUUUUGGAAUGAGGCAAUCAAGCUUGCUGACUUGCACCACCCAAAUGUGGUAGCUUUCUAUGGUGUUGUUCUUGAUGGCCCAGGAGGUUCUGUGGCAACAGUAACAGAGUAUAUGGCUAAUGGUUCUCUAAGAAAUGCCUUCCAGAAGAAUGGGAGGAAUGUUGACAAGCGCAAGCGUCUUAUGAUUGCAAUGGAUGUGGCCUUUGGUAUGGAGUACCUCCAUGGAAAAAACAUAGUACACUUUGACUUAAAAAGUGACAACUUGCUUGUGAAUCUUCGUGAUCCACACCGCCCAAUAUGCAAGGUUGGGGACUUGGGUCUGUCCAAAGUAAAGUGCCAGACUCUAAUAUCUGGUGGUGUGAGAGGAACCCUACCUUGGAUGGCACCUGAACUCCUGAAUGGAAGCAGUAGCCUUGUUUCAGAAAAGGUUGAUGUUUUCUCAUUUGGUAUUGUCAUGUGGGAACUCCUCACUGGAGAAGAGCCGUAUGCUAAUUUGCACUAUGGGGCCAUCAUAGCUGUAGGUUUUUCCAAACAUAAUUCAGGUGGCAUUGUGAACAACACUUUGCGGCCUCCGGUUCCAGAAUCUUGUGAUCCAGAAUGGAGGGUACUGAUGGAGAGGUGCUGGUCAUCAGAACCAUCAGAAAGACCUUCAUUUACCGAGAUUGCGAAUGAUUUACGUUCCAUGGCAGCCAAGAUCUCUCCCAAAGGACAAAAUCAACAGCAGCAACCUACUUCAUCUCAGAAUCAAGUGCAGAGAUAAUUUGCUAAAAUUGCAGGAGCCAAAUGCUUAUUUCCAUAUCUGUUUAUGGUUGUGUAUUCCAUCCAUUUGGUGGAUCAAUGCGUUGUGUGCAAUAUAUGCUUUAAGAAGGUCUUGCAAGUAUCAGAAGGUAACAUAUGGUUGUAAAUAAAUGUAAUAUCGUACGUCAACUACCUAUUCUUGUAAUACACCCAAACCUCACUGGACAUCAUGCAAAAUUUAGUUCAUUACUAGAAGAAAAGAAACUAAAAAAUUAUAAAGAAAAAGAAAAAUGUUCGUUCAUAUUCUAAAUUUUUAAGAGUGCUUGUAAAAAAAGAUAUUGUAAAGUAAAGGGUAGCAGAAAUUUUAACUAGCUUUUUGUAUGUGUUCCAUGUUUUCAAGUGAUUAUUGAUGAGAUAUGAAUGAAUUCCCUACCUUUGAUUUCUUUUCUUUUAACA